GGGGCGGGGUCCCGGAGUGCAAGGUGCGGAGGCGGCUGGGAGCUGAGCGACGCUUCCCUUCGCCGCUCGCUCGUGGGGCGGGAGAGCCAGGCGGGCGGCGCGGCCGCGCUGGGCCGGGCAGGGCCGGGCAGGACUCGGGGGCGCGGUGGGGCGCCAUGCGGGGGCCCCUGGCCCCCCUCUUCGGGCCGCGGCCGAAGCUGGUGCUGCUGCCCCUGCUGUUGCUGCUGGCCCACCGGACUCGGUCCCGGGACAGCCCUGGGCCACUGCAGUGCUUUGGAGUUGGACCCUUGGGCGAUCUGAACUGCUCGUGGGAAGCUCUUGGGGACCUCGGAGCACCCUCCACGCUGCACCUCCAGAGCCAGAAGUACCAUUCCAAAAGAACGUGGACCGUGCCAGUGCCCGCCGGGCAGAGCUGGGUGACCAUUCCGAGGGAACAGCUGACCAUGUCUGAUGAACUGCUUGUCUGGGGUACCAAGGCAGGCCAGCCUCUCUGGCCCCCAGUCUUCGUGAAUCUGGAAACCCGAAUGAAGCCAGAUGCACCCAGGCUGUACCCUGACGUGGACUUUUCAGAGGAUGAGCCCCUGGAGGCCACUGUCCAUUGGGCCCCACCUGUGUGGCCACCCCAUAAUGUCAUGGCCUGCCAGUUCUACUAUCGAAGAUGCCAGGGGACGGCCUGGACCCUGCUGGAGCCGGAAUUGAAGUCCAUUCCCCUGGCACCUGUUGAGAUUCAGGACCUGGAGCUGGCCACUGGCUAUGAGGUGCGGGGCCGCUGCCGAAUGGAAAAAGAAGAAAAUCUUUGGAGCGAGUGGAGCCCCGCUUUGUUCUUCCAGACACUGCCCUCUGCUCCAAAAGAUGUAUGGAUAUCUGGGAACCUCUGUGGGACACCAGGCAGACAGGAACCCCUGCUUCUGUGGAAGGACCCGGGGCACUGCGUGCAGAUGAGCUAUAAAGUUUGGUUCCAGGCUGAAGGCCAGGAGCUGAUCCAGAAGACGGCUCCCUGCUGUAGCUCCUUCGUCCCCGCCCUGGCCGAGUGGGUUGGGGUGUCUGCCAUCAAUGCCACGAGCUGGGAGCCUCUUACCAACCUUUCUUUGGCCUGCCUGGGUCCAGAUCUCGCCCCCCGAGGCGUGGUGGUCAGCAGCAUUGCGGGCAGCACAGGGCUGCUGGUGACUUGGCAGCGGGGGUCUGGGGAGUUGCAGGAGCACGUGGUGGACUGGGUUCAAGACGGGGACCGCCUGGAGCACCUCCGCUGGAUCCGGCUCCCCCCUGAGAACCUCAGUGCUCUGUUGCCAGGGAAUUUUGAAGGAGGGGUCCCCUACCGAAUCACAGUGACAGCAGUCUCUCCUUGGGGCGUGGCCCCUGCCCCCUCAGUCUGGAGGUUCAGAGAGGAACUGGUGCCCCUAGCUGGGCCGGUGCUUUGGCGACUCCAGGAUGCCCCUCCAGGGACCCCUGCCAUAGCCUGGGGAGAGGUCCCAAGACAUCAACUCCGGGGCCAUCUCACGCACUACACUGUGUAUGUACAGAGCGGGACCAAGCCUACUGUCUGCAUGAAUGUGAGCCGCAGCACCCGGAACAUCACCCUGCCUGACCUUCCCUGGGGUCCUUGUGAGCUGUGGGUGACCGCAUCCACCAACGCAGGACAGGGGCCACCAGGUCCCAGCCUCCGGCUUCACCUACCAGAUAACAGCCUGAAGUGGAAAGUUCUGCCGGGUGUCUUUCUCCUGUGGGGCUUGCUCCUGACCGGCUGUGGUGUGAGCCUGGCCACAUCUAGAAGGUGCCUCCACCUUCGGCACAAGGUACUGCCCCGCUGGGUCUGGGAGAAGAUUCCUGAUCCGGCCAAUAGCAAUUGUGGCCAGCCCCACGUGGAGGAGGUGCCUCAGGCUCAGCCCCCCAGGGACUUGCCCAUCCUGAAAGUGGAGGAGAUGGAGCCGCUCCCGGUUAUGGAACCCCCCCAGACCUCCACCCAGCUGGGCUCUGGCUAUGAGAAACACUUCCUGCCCACCCCCGAGGAGCUGGGCCUUCUGGGCCCACCCCCAGUUCCCAAAUUCCGGCCUGAACCCAGCCCAGGCCAGGAGAGGGGUGCCCAUUUGACAGACGAAGACACUGAGGCUCAGAGAGGCUGAGUCACUUGCCUGAGGACACCUAGCCAGGAAGAACAGGUUGAAGGACCCCUACAGAGGGAGGGUCUGGCCCUCUGGGGAGUAUAUGGAUGGAGGAGGGAGCAAAGGAACGUGUGUGAAAUCGAGUGGCAGCUGCCUCCCCAGAUCUGUCCUGCUGCUGUUAACAGAAACGGCAGCUGGGCGUCCCCGCUGUCCCACCUGCAGCCAUGCGCAGCCCCGGAUGGAGUUCCCGCCGACGGACUGCGGGCAGGAGUGCCGCGGGCUGAUGCCCAGACGAGGCCCAACGGGGUCUGGGCUCUUCCACACUCACCCUUGCCCAUGAGCUGGACACGCGCGUGCCCGCCAUCCCGCCUUAACUGUACGGGAGAAGGUGGACCACGAAGAGGAAAGGAACCUCCGUUCCAAGUGACUGUGUGACUGUGUGACUCCAAGCCACCCAGAGAAACACCCUUGUAUGUUUUUGUAGCUCCCGUAGCUGGGGCACUGUGUCCGGCAGCCAUGUCUGCUCACACCGACUCCCUGACGCCAGCGGGAGUGAAGCCCUUGCUCUCUCCCCCCGGGAGGUGGUGAGGGGGAUCCGUGCCAAGAGCACACACGCUCAGACUGUC